AUGAUCGGACCUUUGGUUGACCAGGCCAAAGACGCAGCUCGCCACUAUAAAGAAGUCGCGAUGGUGGAGGGGAAGAAGGCGCUGGCCACGGCCUGGAAGUACGCGGAGCUGCCUCCUCUCCGCGACCGUCGACUGCUCCGGCAGCAUGUAGUUCAUGUGCACGAGAUGGAUGCGGAGACGAUGAAGUAUUCAAGAAUCCACGACCGAGUAAGAGAAGAGCUGGACGACGCUCAGCAGAUGGAGGAGGAGCUGCACUUCGGUCUCAAGAAGAGGAACAAGCGCCACGCUCCACUGCUGAACCGGUUCCAGGAGCUCAAGACCGAAGCGGACAGAGCGCAGCGUGAGCAGAUGAUGGAGGCGAUUGAGCAGCGCGGCAGGCGGAGGAGAAGGAGAAGAAGGCGGAGCGGCUCUUUGGACGCCAAGAGAGCGUUCGAGCGGCUGCAGACGACGUCUUCAAUUGGAGUUUUUGAUACAGCUUAUGAACCAGGGGAAUGGAACUCGGCGAUUGAAGGCGGACACCGGACGGGUCUAGACGAGCACACGGUUGGAAUCUCCACUACUCGUGGGUUUAUCAUUGAGAACGAGAAGAAACGGAUCGAGUUACUCGAGAUUCAGUCCAAAGUGACGAUGUUGCGCGAGAAAUUGGAGCAAGUGGAGCAGGCCAAGACGAAUCUGGGGCUGGAUAUGAGAACGAUUCUCGAACGGAAAGACCAUUUACUACAGGAAAUUAAGCAAGUCCGGGCGGAGCAGGAUGAUCUGAACGACGUGCUGGCAGGACCGCCACGGAGAGACCCGUCGGAGCGCGAGAAGCAGCAGUUCCACACGUUGGUGACGCGCAGAGCUGCCUACAUGAAGCAGCUCAAAGACCUGGACUCGCGUAUCGCGAAUAUUCAGAAACGAACUGAAAUUGUUCAUCGAUCCGAGGCCUCAUUCCUGCCGAUGCUGAAGCAAGCCGAAGAGAAACUGGCUGAAGUUCAGGCUCAAGUGGGUGCUAUUGAGAAGGAACGACAUGAACUGCCCGUGGUGGUAGGCAAAGCCAUCUUCCAGCCUGAAGGUGAGGGCACAGAGUCAAUGCCCGUUCAAGUCACCAAGCCUUUUAUUGAUCCGACGAAGCUACUGAACCAAGUGACUAUGGAGAGCAAGUUUGAGAUUCUGAAAAUUGCCGUGGCGCCUGUGAACGAACACUACAAGAAGUCGAAGACUCACGCGAUCGAGGCGUGGAAGGUCAACGAGUUUCGGUCGCUUGCGGAGCAAGAGCAGGACAGCGCCAAAGCUCGACUGGUCAAAGUGCGAGACCGCUACGUAGAGCUUCAAAACACCGCACUUCGAAGUGAUAUUGUGCACGCCAUUCAGAAAUUCCAUGUAAAUGACAACAAACUGCGCCGGUGUAUUUUCCCUUUGAAAGGCUCGAUCGAGUGGUGGAGCCACCAAGUGCCUAAGAAAUCCAUGGGGCUGGCAUACUCUGUUGAAACCAACUCGAUUAUUCUGGCGGAGGGGGAGACCACGGGGAAAAUUACGGGCUGCAUUCAUCUUCCGAAGCGCUGCUUCUAUACGAUUCAAAUGAGCGUCGGCAUCCAGAGAGUUGGUGCUGAAAUCGACGGAUCUGAUGCUGAUCUAGACCUGGACAAGCUCACAGAGGACUGGAAGCUGUACAUUGGACCAGAAACGGACUCGUUACAGCAUCAUACCUUCCGAGACCUUGGCGGAAAGAUCUUGCGGACGGGAGAUUUGACCUUUGAAUUUUCAGGUUAUCGGCUCUGUUUCUGCUUGGAGGUCACUCACAAAGGGAUCACUGACCCCAAGCGUAAGACUCUUCGGUAUGUUUUGAGUAACGCGGCUAGAUAUGAAGAGCGUCUGGAGGAUUUUCGAGAAGAAGAAAACCGCGUACGACUUCUCCAGAAGGAGAAACACUUUGUGUCGGAGCUGGUGAAGACGAUGCGCAUGCAGUCGAAGAAAACGAGUAGCCAGCGAGCGACAGAGCUGCUGCUGGAGCUCAUCCAGGUGGAGAGAAGCAAGACGAAAAUGUGGGACUCCACGCUGUUCCAUGGACAUUUCCAGAGAUUCAAGCGAGCCGAGUACGUGAACAUGCUGCGAGGGGAGAUUAAGAAGGAGAUCGCAGUUCAAAUCGACCACAGUAUUGCUCUUCGUCAAGGUCGAGUUAGUGAGAGUGAGCUGUUGGCUGCCGGUACUCCAGUGGUUAUCGAUAAUUCUGUGCAGGGCAAGAGGAAAGAGAUAUCACGAGUGGACUUUCAAGCUCGGAAAUCUGCGCUAAUGGAGCCAAAGCGGCUGGCUGUGCAGAAGUUCUUGGGGGAUUUUUGCAGCUUCAAAUCGCUCAUUGUUGGCAGGGGGAAUUCUCUCACGGGGUCUUACCGAAAAGAGACCAUGAUUGUUGGCGUUCGAUACGAGUGGCGGGAAGCGCGAAUGAAGCUUCAUGUUAUGCACAAGCUUUGUGGACCUUCGAGCAGUGUUGUGGAUACAACUGAGAUGAAUUUAUCUGUCAAGACGGAGUGGUUUCAACUGGACAAUGCAAACGCCGUUUUCUUGGCGAGUUCAUGUGCCAGGAUACUCCGAAGAUGGCGGCGAGAGGAAGCAGAAGCCCGCGUUCUUGUAGUCGCCAAGGACGCAAAGAUCGAGCAGUUGCAACAAGAGACGCAGAAGAACAUCCAGGAGGAGAACGAUGCCGCUAUCCGAGAGGCAAAAGAGGACGAGAUUCUCUCCCAGCAGAUGCAACAGGAGCUGGCUCGCAGAGAGAAACUCUUCUACGCGGACGCUAUCCGACUGACGACGUACAACGAGGCUGUCUCCUCCCAGAUCGACUUCCAAGUGCAGCGCAAGCUCAACGUGCUGCAACAAACUUCGAAAUCUCCCAUCAAUAUCACGCCUAUCGUCCACGAAGUGAAAGAAAACUUUGCAAAACAAUUCGUCCAAGGAAAGCUCGCGUUGGUAAAGAAAACGUGGGAGCGGAAGACCAAGCGCGUCAGCAGCAAACGCACUAAGGCGUGGAAAGAGCGCGAGUUCCGCAUCCGCCAGGAGCAAGAGUUGGUGAAGGAGGUCAAUGAAUCCAACGAGGGCGAUCUGGCAGCUCUAAAGUCUAAUCAGGAGCAGCGAGCGAGGGAAGAAAUGCUGCGGAUCCCGAACUUUCAAGCUGCGAUCGAGCAGGCUUUCGACUGCGAACAUCUCGAGUUGAAAGCGUGGGGAACCAAGUACGACUUUGGUUUAAAGUGCAAGAAAUGCGGGAAAGAAAUGUCCAAAUCGUGCGACGACCCCAACCACGCCAGAGGUGGGCACGUUGAACUGGAUGAAGACGUUCGGAUCCACCGCGCUCAAGUGACCAGCGGCGCUGCGUUUCGCUUCGAAAGUGCAGACCAUCUUCAUAAAGUGGAGAACGAGCGUCUUCGACUCGAGAAAGAGGCGCGGUCGAUUGAGCAGGAGGAGGCGAUGCUGUACGACCGCGUGGAUCCCAAGUCCAUUGACGAUUUCAACUAUCGCCAUGGAAUUAACCGAGGAAUUCUGCUAGAAAAUGCAGAUAGCUCCGACCCGUUGUACCCUCGGUUGGUUCAGGACAUUCAUCGAGCUUCGCACCAAGAUGAAAUUUUGUUUCACGGAAGACUGCGGAAUUUUAACUUUCGCAUCCAGCAGAUUUUCAAACAGCACGCCGAGUGUACACGAAGGCUGGAAAUGCAGCGCGCUUUUCUGGAGAAUGCGAACCAGGAGAAUGAGACGGUGUUGAAGAAGCUUCCUCUGAUCGGAGCGGAUCACGCUCGAGCCGUGACGUUAAUCGAGGAAGAUGCGGCGGUUUUGAAGAGGCUUGAGGAAGCAAAAGUGGCGCUGAUUGCAGCUCAAAAAGAGCGAGAGGCUGCGUACUACGCUAUUGAAGGUGUCGAGGAAGAGGCUGAGUUCUCCGAGUUUCACGCUCCCGCUCUGAUCAAAAGCAGCGACGAAAUGAGCGCAAUUUUUAAGCGAAUCCAGGCAGAAUUCGACUUUGUCAAACAGCAACUUGGCACUGCGAAGGAGCGACUAAACAAAGCUGAGGGCGAGCGAAGUAAGGUCGAUUCGCUGAUGAAUCGACUGUACUGUCGCACGCAGAACUCGGUACUGCGCACCAGAUACGGCUUUGUGAAGGUUAAAUACUACCGAACCGAGGACAAUUGCGUGGUGGUGAGCCCUCUGCACUGGGAGGCGACACUGUUCAUCCCUAUGGACGAGAUUCUAGCGUACGAAGCCAUGUACCGAGAAGAUGAGGGCUCUGCCAUGGCGGAAGAAGACGAAAAAGAGAAGGAGGAAGUUCUCCUGACUGAAACAAUUUGUCAGGAUGAAUUAGAGCUGCAAUUUAACUACGAGAUGGAAGGACGAAAGAGAAGUAUCGAGUCCGCUCGUAAGGAAGCUCUACAUCUUCAACGACGUGGUCGUGUGUACCCUCCUCGAAUUCGUCGACCGCUUACCCAACGUCCCAGUCGGUUCGAUACUAAAAGAGUCACGCGAGCAAGUGAAAAGCGGUUGGCAAUGGCCACGAUCGAGCAGCAAUUACUUGCCAAGGAGAAGAAGCUACGAAAUGAGAGCUUGCGCGAGCGGAACACUAUCAGUGUCAACUCCCUGGCGCGUGAAGUUUACGGCGAGCUACUGGCAGAUAUAGUCAAUGAGCUUUGUGCGGAGAAGAUUCACCAGGGAAAACACGAAGCGGACGAGCUCCUCCGCUCCAAAUGCAGUGCAGUUAUCGUCGCUACAGAUCAAGAGAUCGCUCCUAGCGGUGCUUUAGUCGCUCCGUUAUUGGGUCUCGAUCGACUGUGGGUCUCCAGGAAGCAGAAGUACACUAUAUUGUACUCCACUUGGCGUCAGGAGUACGCGAAACUCCAGCUUGUUCGGGACGAGAUGGCACGGCGUGAGGAGCUGCGUCGACUCGCAGAAGAAGAGCGACUUCGCCUGGAAGCUCGACGUAAGGAGAUGCUGGCGGAAGAGCGGUUAUGCCGUACGUUUUACCUGGAAGAGAUCGUCUUGUACAUGCAGGAGCGGAAGGCCAUGGCCAACGCGGAGAUGGAGAUGAGGGAGUACCUCCGCCAGCUCGAACUCGAGGCCAUGAAGACAAAGUACUCGAAAAUGGUCGAGGAUCGGAAUCGAGUAAACGAUAAAGCCGCGCGUAGACUUGAGAUCAAACUCGGCAAGAACGAGCAGCAUCGGCUGCACCGCGAGUGGCGGCAGAUCAAGAUCGAGGACGAGUUGUCCAUGCAGAUCCGAGAGAAAGAGAUCGCUGACGCACUGGCUGAAGCCUUGGAGCGGCAGUUCGACAAGUAUCUAGCGGAUCAGUUGGCGCAGGGCAAACUCUCAGCCGAACUGGAGGCCAGUCGCAUAGCAGAAAGGCUGCGCGAAGCUCAGCAGGUUGCGAUGGAGAAGCGCAGAGCGUUCGAGGCCAAAAUGGUGCAGGAACGGAUGAUCGCGACGGUGGAGACCUUCUACGCUCUCUCUAGAGCCGAGGUGGAGUGGAUGGAUGCCGUUGAAAGAGCCAAGUUUUGGCAGCGAAGAGCUCCUCCGUUGGAGGAAAACUUGAGAAAAAUGGAGCCUGAGCUCAAGAGAAUUCAGGAAGAACGUGAACGUGUUGUGAAUGACGCCAAAUCCAAGCGAGAGUACGCAGAUAAGUGCAAAAAGCGGAUUGCAGAAGCUGAUAUUUCUCUGUCUCGGGCGAUUCAGGAGAAGGAGAAGGCCAUGCUGAAGUACAAACGAGUGCACAAGUUGAACGCCACGAUCGACUCUGAAGUGCUGCACGGUCGGGUCCAGCGCUUCCGAACGGUUUACUUACGGGACCGACUGCACGUCCAGUACUUCGCUCUGUUGACGUAUUCCAUCAUCCGACGCGCUCUUGUCGAGUGCAGCGAGCGCGAGAUUACUCGACUGCAAGAGCAGAUUAAGAAGCUGGAGCAAGAGCGACUUUUCAAGAGCAAGGAGGUGAGUGUGUUGCAGAGGAAACGACGACGAGCGCUGCGUAUGCGGCUGCGGCGCGCCGAGCUGAACAAAUUGAUGUUCGGCCACUCGCGCCGUCGCCUGCUGAAGGAAAUGUUUCAACGGUGGACGAAGCUCUGGUCGGAGCGUAACCGAGUGCGUGCGUCCUUCAAGCUCAAGCACGAGAUGCUGCUGCAGAAGCAAAAGCUCACGAUGACUACCAGUUCCCCGCUAUUGAAACAGCAAAGCCUGGUACGCGAGAAUAAGCCCGCAGCUGAUAUCCCUACUCGAUUAUCAACCAUGCACGACCACCAGCGUCGACUACUGCAGUGUCGCCUGUGUCGGCAGAAGUACUCGGAAGAGCAGAACAACCGCUACUCAUGCACGUAUCACCCUGGUACCUACGAAUUUGCGUGCGUCCGAACGUGUGAGACCCGUCGGAACGCGUCGUCAGGCCCUGCCGCAGUGCCUGCCUCCUGUAUGAUGCACCGAGCCAAGCGCUGGCUGUGCUGUGACGAGACGGAGGAAGGUCGCUACGGCAGUUCAGGCUGCGCCAGGAGGUUCCACUUACCUGCACGCAACAACCCGGAGCUGGAACAGCUCGUGGACACCAAGACAGCUCAAGAACAGACGAUUCUUGAUCAAGUUAACCAACAGCUACUGGAACUGCGCGAGCGCGACGUGGUGGGGAAGAUGAAGUUCGCGACCAAGUCCGUCGUCACCAAGAUGGAGCAGGAGCUGGCCAAGCAGCGAGCCACUGCCGCCAGGUUCCACACGCUCGACCGUCGCAGUUAAGCUGUAACUCAAUUCAGAGCCUCUUGGACCAGUCUCUGCAGGUAUUCCGUGGCCACUCCGCAGUCGUCUGCCAGGCGUUCAAACGGACUGCGACCUGAAGUUUCCCUGCUGGUAGGUGAGUGCUGGGGUUUGAUGAAUUUGGUGAAGCGGUGGACCAGCGAGCGCUUCUCCGGUGAAGUUUGACUGGACGGGGAGAUCUCGGCUGAAGUCUCGACUCCAGUGACUUCUUGGGGGAGAAUCACCAUCUCCGGGUAUCGGUACGAGUACUCGACGGCAAGAUUGACGAUCGAUCUCGCGUCUUCCGGCUCGAUGGCGCGUUGAAGCUCC